CGCGGUUAGGUGAGCAGAAGUGUUAUGAAGUGAUUCAUGAAACAGUUAACCGUUAGCUCAGUGGAAACAAUGUCAGUGAACGCGCAACUCGUCGGAUUGACCGAGGUCGAGAUCGAAAAAAUACCAAUAAAAUCAGUGCUAUGGAAAACGCUAAAUUGGAGAGCGAUUGUGGCGGAAUUUGUAGCGACCAUGUUACUGGUUUCUCUGGGAUGUAUGACCUGCAUACCGCUAGAUGGAUCUGCGCACCAGCCUAUGUACGGCCCAUUGGGUUUUGGUUUGAUCGUCGUUUUUAAUAUUCAAGCGUUUGCCCACAUCUCUGGGGCACAUAUGAAUCCUGUCGUCACUUUAUCGGCCAUGAUUUGGGGUCAGAUUUCUAUACUUUUAGGUAUAGCGUAUAUAAUUGUGCAAUGUGCUGGUGCCAUUGUUGGCUAUGGAAUACUCGUCGCUUUAUCACCAUCCAGUUUUGUUACAGCUGGUGUUUGUACUACAACACCACUGCUCAAGUAUACCAUAUACCAGGCGAUUGGUAUUGAAGUGAUGCUGACUGCUGCUCUCGUGUUUAUAACAUGCGCAGUGUGGGAUCCGGUGAAUAAGGAUAGCCAAGAAAGCAAUUCAGUGAAAUUUGGGUUAACCAUAGCUGGAUUGUCGUUAGCUGGUGGUCCUUUAACUGGCGCUAGCAUGAACCCAGCAAGGUCAUUAGGUCCUGCUUUAUGGACGUCAACUUGGAGGUCUCAUUGGAUCUACUGGGUAGGACCUUUCUUGGGAGGUAUUCUUGCGUCUGUGUUUUAUAAAUAUGUAUGGCUGAAGGGAGAUAAAAUUAAACCAGAUAUAUUAACAUGGGCGGAUGGCGGCGAUGGCUUGACGAAAAUGUUGUAAUGAAGACUGAUUACUAUUAAAUAAUUUUAGUUUUAACUUUGAUCAUGUGAUAUAUUAAUUGUAAUACUGAUAUGAUGAGUUUACGUAGUAGUUAAGGAAAACUGUAAUUAUUAAGAGGAAACUGUUUACUAUACG